UCAGUUUCACAUAAUUUCGUUUGAAAUGCAUCUUACAAUGUCUGCCAAACACUCACUCUUUCAGACUUUACCGCUUUACGUAAUUCGGGAUAUUGCCUAAUACACCCAGAGUGAAUAUUACGACUUCCGCCACCUGAAGGUCGAUUAUUCUUCCAACUCGGGAAAAAAUGUAGCUCCGUUUUUGCUGAUUUGCCAAAAAAAAGCCUACCUGGGACAUAGACAUGAAGGAAAUAACCAGUGGCUGCUGGUUAUUAACAUCUCAGCAAGAAUUAUCUCCAGGAGCUGUUUACCUGAAUGUCCAAAUUGUCGAGCUCAGUUUUGAUUAUGUUGGGAUCAAGGACGGUGUCAAAUCUGAACAUGUGCGGCUUCAGUUUGCCAAACACAUGCAUUUGCACAACUUUGGCGAUGAUAGAGUUGAGCUUGCCGACAUGAGCGUGCUUUUAGAUGCGCUUGGUCGCAAGAUGUCUGACGGCCUCAAGGGAAUUGAGGGUGUGGGAUUCCGCAUGCGAAAUACGCUGUUGUGCUUGCUGUUCUGUAUCCUGGCCUUUCUCUUUGCCACUGUUAAAUACAAGAUUCGCAAGGCUUUAUACAACAAAUAUCUUCAAGAGUUGGCUGGUGGCGAGAUGUCUGCGUAUGCUGGCCGGAUUGGAUCUUUUUUUCACAAGUGA